AUGUCAUAUCAAUACCAGAGGCUGAAUCUGGGGAAUAUUCAACAAAUCCCCGCUCAUUUAUUGCCACAAGGUAUGGCUGGGGAUUAUGGAGAGGUUCAACAGGGAUAUCCUCUGCAGGGACAACAUCCUGCUCCGCCCCAAGGACAGCACCCCAAUGGGGUCCAUCAGGGAAACCACCAGGGCAUUCCAUCAGGUCCUCCUUCGGGAUACCCGCAGAGUCAGGGCAAGCCUCGUUAUGGAGACCAGGGAAAUCCGCAGUACGCACCACAAAAGACUCAUCAACAGGCUCCACCACAUCAACAGGCUCCUCCUACUCAACAGCAGCCACCUCACCAUCAACAGGGACCUCCAAUUCACCAGCAACCACUUCAUCAACAACAACAGGGACCUCCUCAACACAAGAAACAUCCUUACCGCCAAGAUUUACAGUACCCAAACAGCAUGCAGUGGAAUCAUCAGCAACACCAGCACCAACAACAACCAUCAAACCCUGCGUCACAGUAUCCUCAACAGUUCGAACAACAGCGUACCCACACCACCUCGUUCGAUCCAGGAUAUCAAACCAAUAAUUCCUACGGAGCACCACCAAACCAUGCAUCAUAUCAACAACCACCGGGGGGCCAACGACAAGGACCUCCUCCUUCUAAUUUGCCCUACCCUCAGGAACAACAGCAGCAACAACCGCAGCAGCAACAACAUCCCAAGGCUUACCAGCAGCCUUUUGCUCCAAAACUGCAACAGCAACCUUACCCAGUCUCACAACAACAGCAGGCUCAUCCUCAACAUCAAGUUAUUCCUUCAGGCCGUAAUAACUCUGCUCUGUCUUUGACUUACGACAACAGACCAAAUACUCCACAAGAUGGUAAUCGUAGGACUACUGCUAGAAGAGCUCCCUCCAACAAUCUCCCACCAAUCCAGACAAACCAAGUGUUGGAAAAUAACACAGGUAGAAGAAUUGUAUCGACGCCAGUAGCAUACUCUCCAGUAUCUAGGGUCAGUUCGCAGGGAACAUUACAAGAUGGUAGAACUAAGUCUUUGACCGCCGCUGCUCAAUAUCAACAGCAGUAUCAGCAACAGCAACAACAGCAGCAGUACCAAGUGGGUCAACAAGCAGGACACCAACAACUAGGUAACGGAUUUCAGUCUAACCAAAUCAAUCAAAAAUCCAAUUCCAGUACUACGCUCCAUCACACCUUUUCACUUUCAUCGAAAUCUAGAUCGUUCACUUCUCUUUCCAAGUUGUCAUCCUUAUCUACCAAAAAAUUUAAUUCAUCAACUUCACUUAAUCAUUCUAAUAACAAUAAUAAUAAUAACAAUAACAACAAACUUGUCGAUAGAGUCGGAUCCACUCAGACUCUAAGUUCAUCGAAAACGUUGGUUCACAGGAAACCAUCGGUGUAUCCUGCCAUGCUUUCAAAGGUGGCCAAGGUUUUCAAGGAUUCCAUAAUCUUAACUAUUAACACCAAAGAUGGAUUGGAGUAUCAUGAUACGUUUACUGGUAAGAUGGCAGUUGAUAUCAUUUGUAGAAUAAUCAGAACAAAUGAUAGAAACUUAGCUUUGUUAUUAGGAAGAUCAUUGGAUGCACAAAAGUAUUUCCAUGAUGUCACCUAUAUUCAUAGAUUGAGAGAUUCUGUACAUGAAGUCUAUGCUUUUAACCACGUCUACAGUGAUGUGGAAUUUUAUAAUGAUUAUACUGGUGGCCUGGGUAGUGCUGGCAAUUCCAAGCAUGGAUCCUUUGUGGACGCAAGUGGUGCAGGAGCGCAUUCUAUGCAUCAACAAGCUUUGAUACAGCAACAGCAACAGCAACAAGUUUUGAGUCAACAGCUCCCUCUGCAUAUAACUAGCCCAAUUACGCCUUCUCAUAGUGGAAACUUUCCCUCGACUCCUGGAACUCCUGGAGGCACUUUGAAUAAUGAAAGCUCCCUUGAUAGCAAGCAGGCAACUGCUGCUACCGGGGUUAAUGGUGUCUUCACUAUAUUGACUGAUUGUUACUCUCCGACUUGUACAAGAAAUAGACUCUGUUAUAGUAUUUCAUGUCCUCGUCGUUUAGAACAACAAGCAAGACUCAAUUUGAAACCACAAGGAGGCUUAAAAAGAGCGGUAUCACGAUUAUCUUUGCAUGAUCAAGAAGAAAAUAAGACAUUAUGGCAUGAAACCGUUCCUCAAUCUAUCUUGGACAAAUUAGACAAAUUAGAGAAAAUGAGACAAGAGCUAAUUUAUGAAUUCAUUUACACUGAAAGGGAUUAUGUCAAGGACUUGGAAUUUAUGACUGAUUUCUACAUUAUGCCAUUAAGAAAUCCGGCCAAUAAUAUCAUUCCAGAGAGAGAAAGAGAGGUAUUUAUUAGAACUGUUUUUGGAGGUGUUAAUGAUUUGUUAAGAUUAGCUAAAAGCAUGAGUGAAUCAUUAACAAGACGUCAACAACAGCAAAAACCAGUAAUAGAAACUCUUGCUGAUGUAUUUUUGGAAUAUGUGGGCAACUUUGAACCGUUUAUUAAGUAUUCAGGUAAUAAGGUCUUUGCCAGUUUUGAACAUGAAAGACAACAGCAAGUGAAUAUCAAGUACGCAAGGUUCUUGGAUGCAAUUGAGAAGAAACCCGAGAGUAGAAAGCAAGAUCUAUCCUCAUUUUUGAUCAAAGGUAUACAAAGACCUGCCAGAUACCAAUUAUUAUUGGGUGGAAUAAUUAAAAAUACAAAGCCUGAAUCACCCGAUUAUAAGAAUUUGUUAAAAGCAAAGGAAGAAAUCGAGAAGGUAUUGGGAAAAAUUAAUAUUCAAACUGGUGAACUGACGGAUCGUCAUAAAAUCAUGGUCCUUCAUAGAUUGUUAGGAAAGCAAACUUUGGAAGAAAAGUAUAAUUUCAAAUUAAGUUACAGUAACAGAAUUAUAUAUCAAGUUACCUUGAGUAGGAAAAGAGAUAAUGAAAAAAUUGAUCUAUACUUAUUCGAACAUGCCUUGUUGUUGGUGAAGCACAAAGUUCAAAAUAAGAGAGAGCAACAUAAGAUUUUUGAGAAACCCAUCUACUUACCUCUUUUGUUUGUUAACACUGGAUAUGAAUUCCCAACAUUUUUAUCCCUGUUAGCUUAUAGAUUGGAUGGUUCGUUAGUUAGUGACACUGGAUUGAAACCCAAUAAGAUAGAAUCACUGUACACGGUCACAGGUUCAUCUUCGUCUAACACUAAAUUACAGUUGAACUUCCUUGGAUUAGGAAAGAAUCAAGUUCACAGUACUUUAUUUGCAGAUGAUGUUACAAAUCAACUGCAAGUUGUUCAACAAAUCUUUCAACAACAGAAGAAAUUGAUUCAGCAGAAUGAUAUUUUCUCCUUGAGUAAAUACGAGACAAGAAGGUUCCAUGGUAACAACAAAAUUAAUUGCGCCGUGCCUUGUUACGGGGGUAAAAAAUUGUUGUACGGUACUGAUCUGGGUGUCUGGGUAUCAACUGUUCGUUCCAUUAGUGCCACCACCAAUGAAAAGAUUUGUUCUGAUCCUACCAUGGUUAUCAGUAACCUUUACGUUACUCAAAUUGAGGUAUUGGUUGAGUACUCGAAAUUAUUGAUUUUGUCGGACAAGACGUUGUAUGAAUUUGACCUUUCUUGUACUGAUUCGUUAGAUCAUGUAAAGAACACUAGAAGUGGUAAAGAGAUCUUAAAUCACGUAGGAUUUUUCAAACUGGGAAUCUGUGAUGGUAGACUUUUGGUUUGUGCUGCCAAGAAGGGAGGAAGUAGUGGAAUUUAUCUGAUUAGUAUCUUUGAACCUUCCAACCCAUUUGACAGUAAGCAGUCUAAAAAUAGAAAUAAGAAAUACGAGAUUAGGGACUUCACAUUUAAUUCCGAACCUGUGUCCGUUUCAUUUUUCAAAACAAAAGUAUGCGUUGGUUGCACUAAAGGGUUUGAAAUUUUAUCUGUUGAAAAGGGCAAGAAAGAACCAAUUUUGGAUGAAGCAGAUCCUUCAUUAGAUUUUGCCACACAAAGAGAAUCAGUGACUCCAUUAGCCAUUCAUAGAUUAGGCUUUAACUUCUUAGUUAGUUACAGUGAGUUUUCAUUCUUGAUUAAUAGGAACGGUUGGAGAACAAGCCAUGAUUGGGGUAUAUUCUGGGAAGGAACACCACAGAAUAUAGCCUUAUUUUAUCCAUACAUCAUAUCAUUCGAACAAAGAUUCAUCGAAGUUAGAGACUUGGAUUCUACUAAUUUACUACGUGCACUUGUUGGAGAGAAUAUCAGAUUUUUACAUCUGAAUGAGCAUGAGGCUUUGUACGCUUGUGAAGAAAAUGGAUAUGAUAUCAUUGUGUCAAUUGACUUUUUAAACUUGAAGCCGAAGCAAUUGCAACAACAGCAAGAGCAGAAUAAGUUACAGCAGCAACAGCAACAGCAACAACAACACCUACCACUACAACAACAGAAAAUAAGUGAGAUUCCUUCCAAAUCACAAAUGCAGAGAAGUUAG